CUGGGGCGGUAGUUCCGCCUCCCCUUCGCCAUAGUGGAAUUAUUCCCGGGACGAAAAGAUUGAGGAAAAAAUUAUGUAGGGAACUGAACUAUUGAAAACACAAUGGAUUACGCUGUGUAAUUUAUGCAAGCGCCACAGUAAUAUCAUAACUCUUACGUAUGUACAAACGUUUUCAUUGCGUCUACGGAUUGGACCCAAAUUAUAUUAAUGUUUCCUGUGGAGUCUUUCUGUCUCUAUCAUCUGCACUGAUCUGAGAAGAUGGAUAGAUGUGAGAACAAUAGUGGAAUCGGAUGUCCUCCAAUUAAUUGGCUUCCCCCUUGCCACUUCUCUCAUAAUUAGAUGGAGAUAGCAAAGGAUACAAAUGAAAGGGAGACAGUGCCACACUGGUGAUGCUGCUUCUUUACUCAAGAUAUCACUCUGCGCUCUCCUUCUAUUCUGAUUCCCAUUCCUGAUCUCUCUGCACACACCUGUCUAUUCCGUGCACUCUCAGUCUCUGUCUGUCUCUUUCUGUUACCCUUUCUGUCCUCCCCCCUCCGUGUGGCCAUGUGUGAUAACGGUGAUCCCGAGGACAAGCCCCCUGCCCCCCCGGUCCGGAUGAGCAGCACCAUCUUCAGCACAGGCUCCAGCAAGGACCCACUCUCAGCCAAUCAUAGCUCUAAGCCCCUGCCCUCGGUUCCAGAGGAGAGGAAACCCCGCAACAAGAUCAUCUCCAUUUUCUCAGGCGCAGAGAAAGGUGGUAGAAAGAAAGACCGGGACAAAGAAAGACCAGAGAUCUCUCCUCCUUCAGACUUUGAACACACCAUCCACGUUGGCUUUGAUGCUGUCACUGGGGAGUUCACUGGCAUGCCAGAGCAAUGGGCACGACUUCUCCAGACAUCAAACAUCACCAAGUCCGAGCAGAAGAAGAACCCACAGGCUGUUCUCGACGUGCUCAAAUUCUAUGACUCUACGGGCAACGGCCGCCAGAAAUACCUCAGUUUCUCCUCCUCUGAAAAGGAUGGUUUCCCCACAGGACCCCAGUCUCCGGUCAAAAAUGUCAUGGAACCCUCAUCGACCAAUAUCAAGGACAUUGAUGAUGAUGAUGAUGAAGCUCCCCCACCCAUUGUGGCACCACGUCCAGAAUACACUAAGAGUGUGUACACUCGCUCCGUCAUUGACCCCAUCCCAGCUCCAGCCACAUGCCCAGAUGGAGACUCGGCCUCCAAGGCUGUAGACAGACAGAAGAAGAAGGGAAAGAUGUCAGACGAGGAGAUCAUGGACAAACUAAGAACUAUAGUCAGCAUUGGAGAUCCCAAAAAGAAGUACACGAGAUAUGAAAAAAUUGGACAGGGGGCUUCGGGGACAGUGUACACAGCCAUUGAUGUCGCCACAGGACAAGAGGUGGCCAUUAAACAGAUCAACCUACAGAAGCAGCCCAAGAAGGAGCUGAUCAUAAAUGAAAUUAUGGUGAUGAAAGAGUUAAAGAACCCAAAUAUUGUCAACUUCGUAGACAGUUUCCUGGUGGGAGAGGAGCUCUAUGUGGUGAUGGAGUACUUGGCUGGUGGCUCGCUGACUGAUGUGGUGACAGAGACCUGCAUGGACGAGGCUCAGAUAGCUGCUGUCUGCAGAGAGUGUUUACAAGCACUGGAGUUCCUUCAUGCGAACCAGGUCAUCCAUCGUGACAUCAAGAGUGACAACGUGCUACUGGGGAUGGAUGGCUCUGUCAAGCUCACCGAUUUUGGUUUCUGCGCCCAGAUCACACCAGAGCAGAGCAAGCGCAGCACCAUGGUGGGCACGCCUUACUGGAUGGCACCUGAAGUGGUGACCCGGAAGGCCUAUGGGCCAAAGGUUGAUAUCUGGUCCCUGGGCAUCAUGGCCAUUGAGAUGGUUGAGGGGGAGCCUCCAUACCUCAAUGAGAACCCGCUAAGAGCACUGUACCUGAUUGCUACCAAUGGCACUCCAGAGCUGCAGAACCCAGAAAAGCUGUCCCCCAUCUUCAGAGACUUCCUUAAUCACUGCCUAGAAAUGGAUGUGGAGAAGAGAGGCGGGGGAAAAGAGCUGCUGCAGCAUCCCUUCCUGAAGCUGGCAAAGCCCCUCUCCAGUCUUACACCUCUCAUCUUGGCUGCUAAGGAGGCCAUGAAAGGCAACCAUUAACCGAACAAACAACCAUGCCUUCCCAUGCUGUGCCAGAUUUGAGGUUUUGUGCCAGACAAUAGACUGAGUGACAACCCAACUCUAUAUGCUCCAGCCUGAUAAGCCCUGACAAUCCUCACUGUGAAGAAGACCAAAAACAUCCAGAGCACAACCCAUCGCUGACCAUAUGAACUCUUUGAUUCUCACUCAAACGUUUGAAGACAAGUCAAAUGAAAGUGCUUAUCUUCAGAUCCAGGCUUAGUUAUUUUGUACAAGAAGAAAAAAAUUGGGGGCUAAAUUUUUAUUUAACAUGGAAUUAAGAUAUCUAGUUCUUACUUUUUGGAAGAAAUAUUACUGCCUUAAACAAAUGCAAACAUUGCCUAAUAUAUUGUUGAUUGUGUCAAAUUAUUUUCCCAUAAUAGUUUUUUCUUUGUAAUUUUUCCAAUCCAGCUUGUUAGUGUCCUCUUAGGCAUUUUGAUACUUGAAUUUCAUUUGUGUCCCCACUGUGAUAACGUUAAGGGCCUCUCACUUAAUGAAACUGUUAUUCCCACCUGGUGCCACAUUUAAUCUUUGGUCUUUUCUCAAUUGUUAUAGGACAGACAUUUCAAAACAUUCCCAUUAUUACAGUGAAUAUGGUGAUAUGGAUGACGAUAUAGGGUUGCCUCAUUUGCCAGUGCUACCAUCAUUCCCUCCUGCGUCAUUAGUCCCUUGGUAGUAGAUGUGCACCCUUAUGGGCAAAUUCAAUGGAAGAAUGACAGGGUUUAUUCUUGCUUGGGCCAACAUUCUUUGUUCUCAUAAAAAUGUUUUGCUAUAUUGUAUAUGUCAAAUUCUGUACUUUUUGUGUAUUUAGGACUGUAGCUUGAAAAUGUGCUUUUUCAUGUGUAUAUUGUGUACCUAACUAGACAGAAAACAGUGGAUAUCAGGCCGGGUACCUUUUUUAUAGGCUAGAAAAGGCCAUGUAUAUUUACUGUUUUAUUUUUUUCUAUUUGGAUUACUAACAAUCUGACAAUUGCCUGCAAAUUCAAAUAAAUGCAGCUGUUUGUCCUUA